GUUACCAGCCUACGAUGGUCCAAAAAGUCUCUACAGGGCUGGCCCUUUACCUUUCCAGUCUAAACAUUUCCAAAUCAACCUCUUGGAUGAAGAAGAUGGCAGCAGCACCUCUAGACGGGAGAGAUCAUUUAAGGUGGUAAUCAAGUUCGCUGCACGAGCUCACUUGCAUCACCUAGGCCAGUUUCUUCAAGGACGCCAAGCUGACGCUCCUCAGGAAGCUUUGCAAGUUCUUGAUAUUGUUUGGAGGGAACUUCCUACUCACAGGUACUGUCCCGUAGGGCGUUCUUUCUAGUCACCUGGUCUCGGGAAUCGCCAGUCUCUGGGUGAUGGGCUCGAAAGUUGGAGAGGUUCUACCAAAGUAUACGUCCAACUCAGAUGGGUCAGUCGUUGAAUAUAGACAUGUCUUUUAUUGCUUUCAUCGAGCCACUCCCGGUCACAGAGUUUGUGUCCCAGCUCCUCAACAAGGAUAUCAACAGGCAACUCUCUGAAGCGGAUCGUAUCAAAAUCAAGAAGGCGCUGCGUGGAGUAAAGCUUGAAGUCACACACCGUGGUACUGUGCGGAGGAAGUACCGCAUAUCUGGGCUCACUUCACAGCCGACCCAAGAGUUGUCCUUCCCUGUGGAUGAAAGGAGAACGUUGAAAACUGUCACUGAAUACUUCCGCGAGACGUAUCAGUACACCAUUCGAAACCCAACACUCCAUUGCCUUCAAGUGGGAAAUCGAGACCGACCGAACCAUUUGCCUAUGGAGGUCUGUAAGAUAGUCGAAGGACAACGAUAUUCAAAACGUCUGAAUGAGAAGCAGAUUACGGCUCUACUGAAGGUGACAUGUCAACGGCCGAAAGACCGUGAGGCAUAUAUUCUCCAGACUGUGUAUCACAAUGCAUACGCCCAGGAUCCGUAUGCUCAAGAGUUUGGGAUUCGUAUCAGCAAUAGGUUGGCCCAGGUCGAGGCCCGAAUAUUACCAGCUCCGUAAAAAUGAGUGCACUCAAGAUAGUCAAGAAAUAUAAUUUUUUAUUCAAUUAA